GUUGACGGUCUCGCCGGAGAGCGAGUCUGUCCUUGAGUGUCAAAUGAGCUCAGUCAAUCACCGGGUGUGCAUGAAGAUGUUGGAGCAGGGCCGACCUCCAUGGCUGGAUGCCUGAUGACCUUGUUUUAGACCGAUUGAACUGUAAUCUCAAUGUUUUCAGAAGCCUCAGCCAUCACCAGCCCUGAACACUCGUAGCGACCUUGGAGCUCGACGCACAAGAGCUGAGCACGAGACCAGCUGCGCUCGGCUCCGAUGUCCUACAGGAAGAGUCAGAUCGGCAAACUGCUGCGGCUCGACGUCGGCGACUGUGACUCUACCUCACCCAUCAGAGUUUCAGCCUCUCAGUUCCUGACGAAGCUGACGGCCCCGAAGAGCGUCAUCUUCAUCCGCCAUGGUGAGGCAGAGCACAACAGCUUCGCUGAUUGGGGCACCCGUGACCCCGUUCUCACCGAGAAUGGUUGGAGUCAAGCAAGAGGUCUGAGACAUUUGGCGAUCUUGAGAGAUGCGCUUGGUUUCAACGGCAAAGACAAGAGAGCACAGCUCGUCGUUGUCUCGCCGCUGCGGAGGACACUGCAAACAGCGCAAGCGUUGAUGGAGAUCAUGAGGAGCAUCCCUGACUUCCCCAGCGUGACUGCCAUCGCUCAUCCUGACCUACAAGAGAUAAGCUCCGGGCCCUGCGACACCGGCCAUCCGGCCCACCUGCUGUCUGCUCAGUUCCCUGAAGGUUGACUUCAGCCUGCUGCCCGACGACUGGUACGACA